AAAAAAAAAAAAGUGUCCGCCCCCUGAGAUGGAAAAAAAUAACAACAACAAAAAAACGAGUGGAUUUUACUGAUUGACUCAUAUUCCACAUACGCAACAUUGAUCAAAAUGGCAGGUUUAGAGUAGUGGGACUGCAGAGAAGAUAUUUUUGUGAAGAAAAUGUUCGUAGAUGGUGCAUGCAGAAAUGCUGGUUGAUCCUAACACAAGCAUUGGUGUCAGAUGCCCUUCAUUCAAAAAUAGAACAACAUUCAUUCAUUCAUCUUCCGAACAUCAAAUCGACUGGCACCCAAUGGCGUCGGCUGUGUUCACGCCAACAACGGUGCCAACUGCCCUUUUUAAAAUCCACCGGCUUGUGCAUGGCUGUGGAAUUGCCAACAACUGUAACACGGCUCCACUUGCAUAGAUUUCCGCCGGAUUCGCUCCGGUCACAAAAAGCAGCCCUUAUUGUUAUCGUAACACUUUAUUACAAGGAAGUAAUGCCAAGAACAUGUGUGUCGCCUUGUUGAUGUUGCACGUUACCAUUUACCACUUCCACAUUCAUUGCAUUGUGCAUCACAAAAUGUUUUCAUCGGAUAUGCGUACAUGCAGUCCACAAGGCUGGCCCCACGCAUGGAGCUAUUGCCGACACCCCCCCCUCCUCUCUCUCUCUCUCUCUCUUGCUCUCUCUCUCUCUUGCUCUCCCUCUCACCAUUGGCUCUUUAGUGGCCGGAGGGGGCGUUGCUUUGUUGCUUUGGUGUGUGAGCAUGUAUGUGUGUGCACGUCUUGGGCUUGCGCAGGGUGGUCGAGGAGGGGAUGGCUGAGGGGAAGCAUACUUGGCACGGCUCCCUCCUUUCAGCGCGCACUCUCUAGUUUGCACCGGGUGGCUAACUCCCCUGCAAGGGGGGGGGGAGAGACAAGUGUCUGGAUGUGCGUGUGUGUGAGUGUGUGUGCAUUUGAGGGGGGGGUGGGAUGCAUGUGUCAUAAAUAAAUAGUCCGGACCGCUACUUUUUCAGGGCGAGGGGGGUGGGCGGCAAUGCGAUGAGGCGCGCGCACGACGCGGGUCUUGCGCUGCAGCGAAGAGCCUCCGUCAAUACGGAGACCUGCCGCUGCUGACAAGCCGGCCUGGGGGACGAGGAGAGAGGGAGCAGGGGGGGAGGGAGGAGGGGGAGCUCGACGAAGGGGCCGCCGCGGACAGCACCGCCGUGGGAAUCAUGCAGUGUGCGAUCUGGCUGGUGGGACUCGCGUGUCAUCUGUCAGCGCUUGUGCGGCUCGCCGCGCAGUACCGGUUGCAUCCCAAACAAGAAGUCUUCAUCAAGCAGCUGUCAUCGUACGAAAUCACCAGCCCGCUGCGGGUCAAUGACUUCGGAGAGUCCUUCCCGCACACGUUGCACUACAGGCGCCGACGCAGGAGUUUAAACGACGAGCUGUCCGUGCCGCGGCUCCACUACCGGAUCGAGGCGUUCGGACAACGCUUCCAUCUCAACCUGAGCGCGCACUCGGACUUUAUCGCGCCCGCUUACGCGGUCACGCACUUGGGAGCGGCCGAGGAGAGCCCGUCGCAGGAGGCCGCUGACAUGCGCCACUGCUUCUUCCGAGGACACGUCAACUCCCGAGAGGAGCAGCCGGCAGUGUUCAGCCUGUGCACUGGCCUGAUUGGCACUUUCGCAACGCCGGAUGGCGAAUAUUUCCUGGAGCCUCUCAUGAACGCCGACGGGGAGGCUGAGUACGAUGAUGAGCACCACAAACCCCAUCUGGUUUAUCGGCACGAGAGGAGACGCAACAUCUCCAGCGACGGCGAGCCUUGUUCGGCCUCAGGCGACAGGGAGACGAGAGUGUCUUUGGAGGGCCGGGGGGACCUGGGCGAUGUGUUGAACUCUGUCCGAGCCGCCAUUCACGAGCGGGACGCCGACACCUCCAACGGAACGCAGCCCAGGAACCUGCGUAGACGCAAGCGCUUCCUUUCCUACCCGCGCUACGUCGAGCUGAUGGUGACGGCCGAUGCCAAGAUGGCACGUCACCACGGACGCAAUCUGGAGCACUACAUCCUCACAAUCAUGUCAGUAGUAGCGGCGGUGUACAAGGACCCCAGCGUGGGAAACCUCAUCAACAUCCUGAUCGUCAAGCUGAUCGUCGUCCACAAUGAACAGGACGGCCCCACCGUGAGCUUCAACGCCGCCACCACUUUGCACAACUUUUGCACCUGGCAGCAGAAGCAAAACGUCAAGGACGACAGCCACCCCUCUCACCAUGACACCGCCCUCCUCAUCACCAGGGAGGAUAUAUGCCGCGCAAAAGACAAGUGUGACACUCUAGGCCUCGCAGAACUGGGGACCAUGUGCGACCAGUACCGCAGCUGUUCUAUCAGCGAGGAAAACGGAAUCAGCGCCUCCUUCACCAUCGCUCACGAGCUGGGUCAUGUGUUCAACAUGCCUCAUGACGAUAACCCCAAAUGUCGGGAGGCCGGCAUGAAGCACCAAUAUCAUGUCAUGGCUCCCACUCUCAACCAUGACACCAACCCCUGGUCGUGGUCCAAGUGCAGCCGCAAGUACAUCACAGAGUUUCUUGACACCGGCUAUGGGGAGUGCCUUUUGGACGAGCCCGUAAGCAGGACGUAUGAGCUGCCCACCCUCCUCCCUGGGCAAAUCUACAACGCCAACAGACAGUGUGAACUCAUGUUUGGACCCGGUUCCCAAAUUUGCCCUUACAUGAAACAAUGUAAAAGGCUGUGGUGUACAAGUGCAGAGGGAGACCAUAAGGGAUGCCGUACACAACACAUGCCGCUGGCUGACGGGACUGAAUGUGGACAUGGAAUGUAUUGCCGACACGGGAUGUGUGUCAACAAGGAGCUGCACUUGCGGCCGGUCCACGGGGAAUGGGGUGCCUGGGGGCCCUACAGCGCUUGCUCCAGGUCUUGCGGCGGAGGGACACGGAGCACCACCAGAGACUGCAACAAGCCCGAGCCUAGAAAUGGAGGCAAAUUCUGCGUGGGACGACGGAUGAAAUUCCGCUCCUGCAACACCGAGCCGUGUCCGCGAGGACGGAAAGAUUUCCGAGAAGACCAGUGCUCUCAGUUCGACGGCAAACACUUCAACAUCAAUGGUCUAACUCCGACCGUCCGCUGGGUCCCCAAAUACAGUGGCAUCCAACUGAACGAUCGCUGCAAGCUCUUCUGCCGGGUUGCCGGGACGACAGCCUAUUACCAGCUGAAGGAUCGCGUCAUUGACGGCACGCCCUGUGGCACCGACACAUACGACAUCUGCGUUCAAGGCCUCUGCAGGCAAGCGGGCUGCGAUCACAUCCUGAACUCGAAGGCCAGGAAUGACAAGUGUGGCGUGUGCGGUGGAGACAACUCCUCGUGCAAAACACAGGCGGGGACGUUCAACGAUGCUCAGUAUGGCUACAACAUCGUGGUCCGCAUCCCAGCUGGUGCUACCAACAUUGAUAUCAAGCAGGUCAGCUACUCGGGAAAACCGGAAGACGACAACUACCUCGCAUUAUCCGAUAGCCAGUCCAACUUCUUGCUGAACGGGAACUUUGUGGUGGCCAUGUUCAAAAGGGAGAUUACCUUCAAGGGAACGGUCAUCGAGUACAGCGGCUCUGACACCAAAGUGGAGCGCAUCAACUGCACGGAUCGCAUCGAAGAGGAGCUCGUUCUGCAGGUCUUGUGUGUGGGAAACCUCUACAACCCAGACGUCCGCUACUCCUUCAAUAUCCCCAUCGAGGAGCACAGGGAGCAGUUUGUGUGGGAUCCCUCAGGCCCAUGGCUGGAGUGCAACCGCGUCUGUCAGGGUGAGCGGCGGCGCAAGCCGGCCUGCGUGCGGAAGAGCGAUCGCCUCGAGGUAUCGGACCAGCGGUGUGAACAUUUACCUCAUCCCGCUACUGUCAAAGAGCCUUGCAACGACGACUGUGAAGUCAGGUGGCAUGUCGCCGGGAAAAGCGAAUGCUCAGCAAAGUGUGGUGCGGGCUACCGCAGCCUGGACGUGCAGUGUAUGAAGUACAAUCUGAUGAAGAGGCAGAGCGAGCGAGUGGAGGCCAGUUCCUGCGUGGAUGUGGUCAAACCUCCGACUCGAGAGAGCUGCCACGGCGAUUGUCUUCUCAAGAGCUGGCAAUAUGGCGCUUGGUCACAGUGCUCCAAGACGUGUGGGCGAGGGAGUCGCAGCCGAGAGUCGUACUGCAUGAACAAUCUGGGCCGGCGGCUGGUGGACAGGGAGUGCGGCGAAUACCAGAGAGUGGUCACCGAAGCCUGCAAUGAUCAGCCGUGUCCCAAGUGGACCCUCAGCGAGUGGACUGAGUGCCUGGUGACAUGCGGUAAAGGGGCGAAACACCGGCAGGUUUCGUGCUCCGGAGCCACCAGAGAGGAAAAGCUGAGUGAGCACAUGUGCGACCCGUCCAGCAAACCCGCUUCCGUCGGGAGCUGCGAGUUGCCCGAAUGCGCAUCCUGGCAGGUCGGCGUGUGGGGAGCGUGUUCAGUCACCUGUGGCCAAGGCUACCAGAUGAGAGCAGUAAGGUGUGUGUCGGGGGACUAUGGCAACACAGUGGACGACAGAGAGUGCAACGCUGCCGCCAGGCCAAGAGACAGUCAGGACUGUGAAAUGCCGGCGUGCCCGUGGGCUUCUCCGGUCCAGAGCACACCUCCACCUGAAAACUCCGCUCAGCACGGGACACAGUGGCGAUACGGCUCCUGGACAGCGUGCUCCGCAACCUGCGGCAAAGGGAAGCGGGCACGCUACGUCAGCUGCAGAGACUCCCAGGGCGGCGUGGCCGACGAGUCCUACUGCGUCCACCUGCCCCGACCGCCUGAGACCUCCGCCUGCUUCAGCCGCUGCGGCCAAUGGCGCAGCGGGGAAUGGUCGCCUUGUUCAGUGACAUGCGGUGCCGGAAGGUCCACCCGACAGGUCCUGUGCUCCAACUACCACCAGCCCGUGGACCAGUCGUUCUGCGAUCCAGAUGAGAAGCCCGCAACGGAGCAAGAGUGCACGACCGCGCUGUGCUCCUCGGUCAACAACCGGCAGCGCAUCAACGACCAACCGUACGGAUACCCCAAGGAUCCAGGCCGCCAUCCCGGCCACAAUAGCUGGAACGUGCCGUCAACGGACAACCAAUGGAGGACCGGACCCUGGGGCGCAUGUUCCAGCACCUGUGCGGGAGGCUUCCAGAGACGAGUGGUGGUUUGCCAGGACGCCAACGGCCGCAGCAACAGCUACUGCGACGAGAGGGUCAAGCCAGCCGAAUCCAAGAGCUGCAACUCGGGGCCGUGCCCGCUGUGGAACUACGGCGUCUGGGGAGAGUGCACUCAGAGCUGCGGAGAAGGCAGGCGAACCCGUUUGGUGGUGUGCCAAAGGCCCAACGGCGAGCGGCUCAACGACUACAAUUGCGACAUCCUGGACAAGCCGCUGGACAUGGAGCAGUGCAACCUGCAACCCUGCGUAGGCUCCGCCUCCUGGCACCGCAGACCAUGGAAGCCGUGUUCGGUGACUUGUGGGCGAGGCAUCAAGCAGCGGGAGAUCACCUGCAUUGAGCAGAACCAAACCAAAAUACAAGAGGAACACUGCGGUGCUCUUCCUCGCCCCCGGACCGAGAAGGCCUGUCGGGCCCGCCGGUGCCCCACGUGGAAAGCCACCAGGUGGAGCACGUGCUCGGUCACAUGCGGAGUGGGACUCCAGAGCCGGGGCGUCUACUGCAGGCUCAAAGGCAGCGGAAAGGUCAGAGAAGAUCUAUGUGAGGCUCAAUCACGGCCCGCCGUCAUCCAGCGGUGCCAAGCUGCAGAAUGCACCCAUUACACUUGGGUCGCCGCCGCAUGGAAAGAAUGUAACGCUACCUGUGGAGGCGGCGUGAGGAGCAGGGAAGUGGACUGCAUGGGCCCGUCGAUGACGCCAGCACAGGCGGAUUACUGCGAGCCGUCGUCUCGACCUCCGUCACGUCAGCCGUGCCAAAAAGCUCCAUGUCGCCACGUGUGGACAGCAGGGGACUGGUCGCAGUGCUCAGCCAGCUGUGGAGUCGGCUACCAGCAGCGUGCGGUGGCCUGCUCCGCAACACCCACGUCUCAGGCCCCACAUCUUUAUGCCGCCCAAUCGCCCCCCACCGGUACCCGCUGCCCAGAGCCCCGUCCUCAGAGCACAAAGCCCUGCCUCCUCAAAGACUGCCCGCAGGCCUCCUACUGGAAAGUCGGGCCUUGGAGCGAGUGCUCUCAGACAUGCGGGGCAGGAGUGAUGGAGCGCAGCGUGGAGUGUGUGACCUCCAAAGGAGCAGCGUCCAAGCAGUGCCGUCCCUCAGAAAGACCAGAAUCUCAAGCUGCGUGUCAAGAUGGAGAAUGCCAGUUAUUCAGCUCGUGUCGGGACGUCCAGAUGCGACAGGGCGUCAGGAUGGAUGGGGAAUAUUACCUCAAAGUCAAGUCCCGCAUCCUGCAGAUUUACUGCGCGGAAAUGCAAAGCGAUUUCCCGAAGGAAUACGUGACACUGCGCAGUGGCCAGACGGACAAUUACUCGGAAGUGUACGGCUACAGGCUGCUGAACCCCUUUGAAUGCCCCUACGAUGGCAGCCGAAGACAGGACUGCAACUGCAGGAACGACUACAGUGCGGCGGGGUACACCCUCUUCCACAAGGUCCGCCUGGACCUGAGCGCCCUGAGGAUACUGAUCACUGACCUGCGCUUCUCCCACACUCCUGUUGGUCGACCUGUGCCCUUUGCCACAGCAGGCGAUUGUUACAGCGCAGCCAAGUGUCCACAGGGCCAGUUCAGCAUCAAUCUGAUUGGCACUGGGCUCAGAGUGGCCGAGGUCACCAAAUGGACAUCUCAGGGCAAUUAUGUUUCUGUCAAGGUCCACAGGUCUGAGGACGGGACAAGAAUCUAUGGCCGUUGCGGUGGUUUCUGUGGGAAGUGCAUUCCUCAGGCGCACAGCGGGCUCCUCCUUCAGGUCCAAAAUUUGCACGGACAUUAAUUGGCAGGAUGCCAUCGACAUCUGAGUAUGUGUGUGUAGCAAAACCGUCCCGUCUUCACCAAAACAUGUGGUGACUCCGGAUGUGUGUUACGGUGCCUUUAAAGUGGAACUGUCAAUAUUUGAAAUGAUGAAUGAUAAUCAAAGACGCCGGCCGGACACUGUUAUGUGAGACACAAAGGCACACAAUCCUUCACUGACUCACUGGGAAUGCUACCAAAUGAGGACAUUUUUACUUUUGUUCUCUUUCGUUGAUGUUAUUUUCCUUGACAGAAUAUUGCAGAAGCAAUUGUCUUCAAGGGGAAAAAAACAUCUAUGUUCGGCCAGUUAUGCAUGUUUCUCGUGAGUGUUUGCCCAUAUUGCAAAAGAUGAAGCAAGAGUCAGUCGCCAGUUUAGUUAGCCUCAAUGUGCUUAUCAUAUUUUUGCUUGUGUCAGCUGAGUUUGGCUUGACCUAGCCUUUCCUGUCUUCGUUUUGUAAGAUAUGUUGCCUGUUUUAGCUUGUCACCGCUCACCAUAGCUUAACCUAACAAAGCUUUGUUUUGUUUUUUCCGAUUGCAUCCUUUCAUUUAAUUUAAGUUUCAUUUUUACAAGUCUGAGUUUAGGCUAGUUUCUCUCCAUUAGUUCUCGACGUGUUUUAGCAUACCUCAGAUAACCUUAGCUUUACCUAGCCUCACCCGGCAUUGCUUUAGUUUCACUAAGUGGCUUUUACUUUAUCCCGGCUAACCGUAAUUUAAAAUAACGUUCUGUAGUUUGGCUCAUUUUAUUUUAGCUAAUCUUACUUGAACCAACUCUCUUGCCUCAUUGUUAGUUCAUCCCGACCUGUUUUAGCUCAACUCAGAUAACUUCAUGCCGUUUAUCUUUGUUUUGUGUCAGCUAAACUUCAUUGAAGAUUGUCACGGCAAGUUUUGUGAAGUAGUUUAGCUCAUUUUAUACACUCUUAGCUUAACGUAGCAUAGCCUCACUGUGUUGGCUCUUCUCAACCUGUUUUAGGGUGUGUUCAGAAAUAUGCUAGCUUCUCUUUGCAUGAUCGUCUCUUUUUUUUGGUCCUGUUUCGGCUUCAUUAAUCCUAAACGUGUUAGUUCAUCUUGGUAUACUUUUACAUGAUAUUAUUUUAGCAAGAUUAACAUUUCUUUCCCUUACUUCAAUUUAUCUUGGUGUCUUAGCAGAAUGAAACAAUCUCCAAUCAGCAAAGCUUGACUAAUAUUAGCUUAAUUCAACCUCUGUUUGCUUAGUUUAUCUUAUAUCAAUAUCAGUUAUUUUUACCUCGAUAUAUGUUAGAUGAUCUUAUUUUAGUCACUGUUCUCUCAUCUUUGCUCAUAGUGUAUGAUGUCUUAGACAAGCUAAAGCAGGCUCAUAUUAUCUUAACCUAAUGUAGCUAGCCAAGUUUUGCUUUGUUUACUGCAAAAACGAGAAGAUUUGGGAUCAAGUUGCCCGACUGACUGAUCUGGCUUUGGACUAAAAUGUCAUCUUUUUAUUCGUCAUUUCCACAACAGCUUCCCUAUACAAACACCACGUCAAAGGUGCUGCAAUUACUCAAAUACAUCACUAACAACAUUAAAUCAUCUCUUUAACAGUUGACCUUACUGAUGCACUCGAGCUCUUGGUAAGAAGAUACUGAAUAGUUUUAAUCUUUGUGUAAUUUCCUCUCAAAACUACUCAAUAGUCCACGUACUGACAUACUGACACAUGAUGACUUGCCGAUGGCUUUUUAAAACAAUCGUGCCUGGUUUUUGUCUGAUGAUGUCAAGUUCUCUCUCACACACACACACGUUUAUUUAAUGUUACCUGCGUUCCAUUACUCCGCUUAUUUACCUGUAUGUUUGACCAUAUUUAUUUCGAAACCACCUAUGCAGCAGCCAUCGGGUUGUUGUUGAUGCAUCCGUUGUUGUCGUUGUUCGUAGCAAAUAACCACUAAUCACCUAAAUGGUGCUCGUCAAGACUACUAGAAUGAUUACCUCGCAAUUACUGGCCGUCAAUGUUUGGCUUACAAAGACAGGAUGUAGCCGCAAAGUUUAUCGGAUUUGCACUCGAUGGGCAAAAGUUGUGGGACUGUCAAUGAAAGGUUGUUGAUGUGUUCCAAACUGUGUUUUACAUUACAAAAAAUCACACAUUUACUUUCUCCCAUGUUAAAUCUGUGCUUGUUUAGUUGAACGCAAAAUUAUUAUUCUAUUACCGGUAUAUUGUAUGGCAAGAGGUUGAUACACAGCAGGUUUAUUGUACCUUCUGCCAUUUAGUGGGAGAGCAUUUGAUUGUUCUGGUUGUCACUAUACAUCGCUGGUAUAGGUACAUGAGCAAUUAUUUGGUAGUGCUAGGUAACAAUUUUAGGACUAAUUAAAUGAAGUUGGUUAUUUCACACAUCGGGGGUCGGAAUAACUGAAUUACACAACCAUAACAAACUAUUUUAUCGAUACAUUUUGAGAAUUAGACUUCUGAUAGUUGUAUCAUGUUGAAACAAGCAUCGAUUUUAUUUUGUUUUCACAAACUGUGUGUCCCAUUACUUUUGUCCGAGCAGUGUAUUGCUGCAAGGAUUGUUACGACCCGCAUCGUGCAGCCUAACCCGAUUUAAAAAUAAAAUAAAAUUUAAAAAAGCUUUAACCAAAGUUAGCGGUUAGAUGAACGUUUGUUAUUGUUGUUAUCAUACAAAGCAACUUGUAUUGGUUAAUCAAAAAUAAUUGAAAUGAAUAUUACAAAAAAAAAUGUCAAUGAGCAGCUAGAAAAUCUUCAUUCAUAUUGAUGAAGGCCAACUGUGCUAUGAGGUCUGUAUCAGAAAAUGUAAAAAAAUACUUGACGCACUAUGUGCCAAACAUUUUUGUAGAGAUGUAAGCGUUGUCUUUGUAAUAACCGUGAAGAGUUGUAACUUAUGUGUUGUUAUAUGUAAUAUUCAUACUUGAAACGUAUGCUCAAUACAGUGUGAAAGAUGGACAUUGCAGAGAUGCAAGCACGCUCAUCUGUCUGACUCUUUAUCCAAAGAUUUUUUUUAAUGAAUGCUAAUAUUACCCAUACAGUAUGUACAGUACACUAUGUAGCUUGUAUAAAAAUAAACGAUUUACUAUGGUGCUUUGUUACUAAUCGUACCAAUACUGUAUGUCAUGCCACUACUAACACUUUUGAAAAAUAAGGAAUAAUAAAUAAUGACAUGAAAGACCUUCA